AUGCCUGAAAGAACUAUAUGCACUGACGCAACCUCAGGAAAACCCACAAUGGCUGCCAAGCGCAAAGGCGGCCUGAAGCUAAAUGCAAUCUGUGCCAAGCUGAGCCGCCAGGUCGUCUUCGACCACGGGGGAACCGAACAGGCGCGAGCGGACAAGGGGCCGCAGCGGGAGAGCGGCAAGGACCUGCCUCAGCCUGGGACCAAGGAGCUGGGGACAGAGUUUUCAGAUGGACUCAGCCGUGUGCAGAAGAUCGAGGAGGACAAAAGGAGGGAGGUGAUUGAGAAGUGGGUGAAUGGGGAAUACAACGAGGAGCCCUUGCUGGGGCGAGCGGAGGGCAAGGAAUGUAAGGGCGCCGAGAGCGCGGAGGUGCCCCCUGAAGGGGUUUACAUGGUGCAGCCCAAGGGCUGCAGUGACGAGGAAGAUAACGGGGACGAGGCGGACGCUCUGAGGGGCUCGCAGGAUGGCAACUUCAUGGAUGACAGGGAUUCAGACGGGCCGGCCUCGAAGGACGAUGCCUACCGGUCCUCCAGUGGCGAGACAGGCUCCAAGCUGGGGGGAGGAACCACCUCAGGGGAAGCUUCAUCGCUGCGAGAUUAUGCCGCCACCACCAUGAAUGAGUUCCUGGGCAUGUUCGGCUAUGAUGAUCAGAACAUGCGGGAUGAGCUGGCCCGCAAGAUCAGCUUUGACAAACUGAAUGCUGCUACCUCAGAGGCCACUGCGACUGCUGCCUCUCUGCCCGGCGAGGAUGCCAUGAGCAAACGAGCCCGCUUCUCCAAGUAUGAGGAGUACAUCCGCAAACUGAAAGCUGGAGAACAGCUCUCUUGGCCCAUGCACUUGGCCAAAUCUGAGGAGUUGGGCUCCAAGCUGGGCAAAGAAACUUCCUCAGUGCUGGCACAGCCCAUUCGGGUGCCAGGUCCAGAUGCCUCCAUGCUGACGGAGACCAAAGCCACCAUCCUGCCGCUGCCCUCUCCCAGCAGUUCCCAGAUGCAGGGCCUGAUGUCACGGGCCUCCAAAUAUGACUUCUUCAUUCAGAAGCUGAAGACGGGUGAGAGCAUCAGGCCACAAAAUGGCAACACUUACAAGAAGGCCUCCAAAUACGACCUAGAAAAUGUCAAGUACUUGCACCUUUUCAAGCCUGGAGAAGGAAGCCCAGAUAUGGGAGGAGCCAUCGCCUUCAAGACAGGCAAGGUAGGCCGGCCUUCCAAGUAUGAUGUGAGGAACAUUCAGAAGCUUACUCCAGUAAAAGCUCCAACACCCAGCCUGGCCCCUGCUCCCCUCGCCAGUACCCCCAGCAGCACUCCUGUGGCUGGGCCAGAGCAGUCCGUCUCAUUGCCAUUCAACACUCCUGAGUACCUGAAAUCAACUUUCUCCAAGACAGACUCCAUCACAACUGGAACAGUCUCUACAGUAAAGAACGGAUUACCCACUGACAAACCAGCUGUCAGCGAAGACGUAAAUAUUUACCAGAAGUAUAUUGCCAGGUUCUCUGGCAGUCAGCACUGUGGACAUAUACACUGUGCAUACCAGUAUCGAGAACAUUACCACUGCCUUGACCCAGAGUGCAACUACCAGAGAUUCACUAGUAAACAGGAUGUGAUUCGGCAUUACAACAUGCACAAGAAACGUGAUAAUUCCCUCCAGCACGGCUUCAUGCGCUUCAGCCCCUUGGAUGACUGUAGCGUGUACUAUCAUGGCUGCCACCUGAAUGGGAAAAGCACACACUACCACUGCAUGCAGGUGGGUUGUAACAAGGUCUAUACAAGCACCUCUGACGUCAUGACCCAUGAGAACUUUCACAAGAAAAACACGCAGCUCAUUAACGAUGGGUUUCAGCGGUUCCGUGCCACGGAGGACUGCGGCACUGUGGAAUGCCAGUUCUACGGGCAGAAAACCACUCACUUUCACUGCAGGCGACCUGGGUGUACAUUCACCUUCAAGAACAAGUGUGACAUUGAGAAGCACAAGAGCUACCACAUCAAAGAUGAUGCCUACGCCAAGGAUGGCUUCAAGAAGUUCUACAAGUAUGAGGAAUGCAAGUAUGAGGGCUGUGUCUACAGCAAGGCCACCAACCACUUUCACUGCAUAAGGGCAGGCUGUGGCUUCACCUUCACCUCCACCAGCCAGAUGACCUCCCAUAAACGCAAACAUGAGCGUCGGCACAUCCGGAGCUCAGGAGUGCUGGGCCUGCCUGCCUCUCUCCUGGGAUCCAAGGAUAAUGAGCAAGAGGAGUCCAGUAAUGAUGACCUUAUUGACUUCUCUGCUAUGAGCUCAAAGAACUCCAGCCUGAGUGCCUCCCCCACCAGUCAACAGUCUUCCGUUUCUCUCAUAGUCCCAGCUGCACCCUCCUCUGCUGCUGAGCUCACUUCCUCACAGGCCAGCAAGUCUGCCAACAGCAUGACACCAGCCACCAAGAUCUCUGGCCUGCUUUCCCAGGCUCUCCCCAGCAAUAUACCCUUGGCCCUGGCACUCUCCAACUCAGCGCUUCCUGGAACAGCUGGAUCCUUCUUCCCCAUCAUCCCCAGUCGGGUCUCUACACCACUUCCUGCCAGCUCAGCGAAUCUGAUGACUGCUGGUUCUUCUGGCACCAAUCCAACAUCAUCUGCUCCUACGGAUUCUUCAUCCCAGGCCAUUUCAGGAUCUGGAGAGCCAGCAGCUACUUCUUCUCCAGCUCCAGCAGCAUCUAUAAUGGAAAGGAUCUCUGCUAGCAAGGGAUUAAUCUCUCCUAUGAUGGCCAGGCUGGCAGCAGCUGCACUGAAGCCCUCUGUGGCACUUGAAGCAGGGAAUGGACAACCAGCAGCUCCCGGACGGUUCAAUCCAGUUCAGGUGAAGCAGGAACCUGCGGAGGCCAUGGGAUCAUCAUCUGCCACCAGCCAGGACUCCUUGCAGGAGCACAGCUUGGACCUGAGCGUCAAGGAUCAUGGUAAUGAAUCAAAUGGCCACACAGUCUCGGCAAAUUCAUCUCUUUUAUCCUCGCUUAUGAAUAAGCAUAUGCGGACUGGCAGUGUCCACGGCUGUGUACUGGACUUGAUGCAGUGUCUAUGUUCUUAUUCCAGAUGCAGCCAGGCUGGGGCUGGAGAGCCAACACAGUACUUGGGCAAGGCAGUGAAGGCACUUGUCCAGGAGAAGCUCUCUGAGCCAUGGAAGAUGUACCUGCACCGGUUUGGUACCAAGGAUUUCUGCGAUGCACAGUGCGACUUUCUCCAUAAGGUGCAUUUCCAUUGUGUGGUGGAGGAAUGCGGUGCCCUCUUCAGCACCCUGGAUGGAGCCAUCAAGCAUGCCAAUUUUCACUUCCGAACUGAGGGUGGAACUGUGAAAAGUAACUCUGAGUCUCCCUUCUCAACUACUACUGAGAAUAAGGCUUCAUUGGCCCCUUCAUCACCAUCUGCUACUUCUGUCACCAUGGCAAGUGCUCCUGCCCUUGACGUGCCCACUCCAAGUCCAGCUACUGUGCCCUCUGCCCCCACACUGCUAGCUUGGAAGCAGCUGGCUUCAACCAUACCCCAGAUGCCUCAGAUCCCAGCAUCAGUGCCUAACCUGGCAACUUCGCCCUUGGCAACGACUUCCCUGGAGAACGCCAAGCCUCAGGUCAAACCCGGAUUUCUCCAGUUCCAGGAGAAUGAUCCCUGCCUGGCAACGGACUGCAAGUACGCCAACAAAUUCCACUUCCACUGUCUCUUUGGGAACUGCAAGUAUGUGUGCAAAACCUCUGGCAAAGCAGAAUCCCACUGCCUGGACCACAUCAACCCCAACAAUAAUUUGGUGAAUGUGCGAGACCAGUUUGCUUACUAUUCGCUGCAGUGUCUCUGUCCGAACCAGCACUGUGAAUUCAGGAUGAGGGGGCAUUACCACUGUCUUCGUCCUGGCUGCUACUUUGUGACUAACAUCACCACCAAGCUGCCCUGGCACGUGAAAAAACAUGAGAAGGCAGAGAGAAGGGCAGCCAAUGGCUUCAAGUAUUUUACCAAGCGAGAAGAGUGUGGCAGACUAGGUUGCAAAUACAACCAGGUGAACAGCCACUUCCACUGCAUUCGAGAGGGCUGCCAGUUUUCCUUCCUGCUCAAGCACCAAAUGACAUCCCACGCCAGAAAGCACAUGAGAAGGAUGCUGGGGAAGAACUUUGAUCGUGUUCCUACUCAGGUUAUUGGCCACACUCCAAGAAAUGAAAAUCUCCCCCAGGUUGGCAGCAUGGCACCCAGCCCAGCCUCAUCAGGAACCCCAGCUUCCUUUCAGGGACCCCCAAGCAUGAUGGACACUGAAACAGAUGAGUACAUGGAUUACACUGGCUGUAGCCCUGGGGGUAUCUCCUCUGAAUCUUCCAAUAUGGACCGCAGCUGCUCCAGCACUCCAGUGGGCAAUGAAAGUACAUCAGCAGGCUGCCUGGUUCCUUCUACUGCUACUGCCGCUGCUGAUGAUGCUACCCACAAUGCACCACAACCUCAACCACCAUCUCUGCCUCCAUCUUUCUCACAAGCCCUGCUUAGGUCUCCCCUUCCCACCCUCCCCUAUCUCUUCUCUCCAUCUUGUCUCUCAUACUCUCUGCUCAGUGCCACUCUUGGAUCCAGCAGAGGCAUUGUCAUGCCUGCCGCCAGCACCACUGGGUUUUCGCCCAUCAUUGCCACUCCAACUCCAGUAAAAAGUGACGUUCCCUUAGUUCAGGAUGCAGCAGGGAAUACCAUCACUAUGCCAACUGCCUCGGGGGCCAAAAAGCGUUUCUGGAUUAUUGAGGACAUGUCCCCCUUUGGCAAGCGCCGCAAGACCGCGUCCUCACGCAAGAUGCUGGAUGAAGGGAUGAUGCUGGAGGGAUUUCGGCGCUAUGACCUCUACGAGGACUGCAAGGACUCCAGCUGCCAGUUCUCUCUCAAGGUUACCCACUACCACUGCACGCGGGAGAAUUGUGGCUACAAGUUCUGUGGCCGUACCCACAUGUAUAAGCACGCCCAGCAUCAUGAUCGUGUUGACAACCUGGUAUUGGAUGAUUUCAAACGCUUCAAGUCUUCACUGAGUUGCAACUUCCCAGACUGUCAGUUCUCUGGCAAUAGCACACACUUCCACUGUCUGCGUUGUGGCUUCCGCUGCACUGACAGCACUAAGGUGACAGCCCACCGUAAGCACCACGGCAAGCAGGACGUCAUCAGUGCUGCUGGCUUCUGCCAGUUCAGCUCAAGCGUGGACUGCGAGGUGCCUGACUGCAAGUACAAACUCAAGUGCUCCCACUUCCAUUGCACCUAUCCUGGCUGCAAACACACAGUGGUGGGCAUGUCACAGAUGGACUCGCACAAGCGCAAACAUGAGAAGCAGGAGCGAGGGGAGCUUCCUGCCAUCUCUCCUGGCCCUGAGGGCCUUGCCCACUCCACUCUUGAGUAUGACAUCCAGAACUCUUCCAUCAACCUGGACAGUUCCCUCAACCUCAGCACUGACAACAACAGCUCCCUCUUCUUCCUGCAGAAUGCGGCUGGCGUGGGCCUCAACGAUUCCCUGGACCUCAGCAAGAAGCAGUCAGAAGUCACUGAAGGUCCGUCACCGAGCAGAGCUGGGACCACGCCUCAGGAGAGGGGGGCGGUGGCAUCUGGCUCUGGUGAUGUGGAGGACGAGGAUGACUCUUCCCAAGAGGAUGAAGAGGAUGAUGAGGAGGAGAUGAAUGAAGAAGAGGAGGAUGAUGAAGAGGAGGAGGAUGAUGAUGACGAUGAGGAGGAUGAUGAAGAGGAAGACCUGAACACAGAUUCUGAAGAAUCGCUGCCUGACCCUGAGGGCCUGGCCACUAAAGAAGAUGGAGAACCAGAGGAGGCUGCUUCUUCCACAGACCAUGGCGAUGCUUCCAGGCCACAGGGCGAGCCAGCCCUUACUCCAGCCCCAACUCCUGCUCCAGCUCCAGCUGCUGCCCCAGCCUCUACCGUUGCUCCAGCAGCUUCUCCUUAAUCUUAGAGACAAUAGCGGCAGUGGUUUGGUUUUGCUCUUACACAGAAUUACUAAGAGGACCCCAUAUGAGGCAAGAACAAAGAUUGGGAUGGCAAGUGAAAAACAAACUCCAUGCCACACACGGGGGAGAGAGAGAAAGAGAGAGGAAGGAAGGAAACCCAUGCUCCUCCACAGGCCCCAUAAGAGAGAGACAGGCUCGCAGCAGGACUGGUGCUGCAUCGCUUCAUGCUGCAGAUCACAGAACAUGGGGGCAGGAUGCAGCAAAAAUUACCCUUUUAUAUGGACAUGA